GCAGUGAGCCCCAGCGCAGUCAGCCCCAGCGCGGUGAGCCCCAGCACGGUGAGCCCCAGGGCAGUGACUAGUUCCUGAAGCCCACACCAUGGGGAAGUCCCGGCUGUUCCGGAUCUCUCUGAUCCUGGGUUCCGUCUUCAUGAUCCUGUUCAUCAUCCUCUACUGGGACGAUGUUGGGGCCUCCCACUUCUACCUGCACACCCCCGUCUCCCCUAUCUCCCCCCCCGGGCCCAGGACCCCCCGGCCCCCCCAGCCCGCCCCCCUCACCCCCCACGUCCCCUCCUUCCUGUCCGACAUCGACGCCUUCGUCAACCAGUUCCUGGAGGGGACCUCCGACCCCACCGAGACCGCGCCGCAGGAACCCAUCAACCAAUCGGAGCGUGCUGAGGAGCGCUACGUGCCUCCGAGGGAGUGGAAGAUCCACGCGGGCCCCGUGGCGCCGGAGCAGAGGCAGCGGCAGGACGCUCGCCGGCAGAGGCUGCAGGAGCUGUGCCACGACGACGCUGUCAGCUUCCCCGGGAAGAACCGGACGUUCGACGACAUCCCCAACAAGGAGCUGGACCACCUGAUAGUGGACGACCGGCACGGCAUCAUCUACUGCUACGUACCCAAGGUGGCGUGCAGUAACUGGAAGCGCAUCAUGAUCGUUCUGAGUGAGAGCAUGCUCCUGGAUGGGGUGCCUUACCGUGAGCCCUCGGCCGUGCCCCGGGACAUGGUCCACAACAGCAGCCUGCACUUCACCUUCAACAAGUUCUGGAAACGCUACGGCAAGUUUUCCCGCCACCUCAUGAAGGUGAAGCUUCAGAAGUACACCAAGUUCCUGUUUGUCAGGGACCCUUUCGUCCGUCUCAUCUCCGCCUUCCGGAACAAGUUCCAGCUGCGCAACGAGGAGUUCUACAAACGCUUCUCCCAGGUCAUACUCCGGCGCUACGGCAACCACUCAGACCUGCCCACCUCGGUGGACGAGGCCUUUGCCGCGAAGCUCCGCCCCUCCUUCUCCCAGUUCAUCCAGUACCUGCUGGACCCCCAGACGGAGACAGAAAUGCCCUUUAACGAGCACUGGCGCCAGGUGUACCGGCUGUGCCAUCCGUGUCAGAUCCAGUAUGACUUUGUGGGCCACCUGGAGACGGUGGAGGAGGACGCGGAGCACCUGCUGAGGAUCCUGAAGGUGGACAACGUGGUGGAGUUCCCCACCUCUCACAGGAACCUGACAGCCAGCAGCUGGGAGGCCGACUGGUUCAGCACAGUGCCCCUAGUGGCCCGGAGGGAACUGUACAGGCUCUAUGAGCCAGACUUCAGACUGUUUGGAUAUGAAAAACCUGAGUCACUUCUAAAUGACUGAUACUUAUGUGACACACACACACACACGCUCUCUUGCCAAGUGUACCAGGCUGUAGAAGGUGUGAACUCUACUCUGCUGUGGGUUAUGUAGAUGGUACAUGUUUCUGUUGCGUUUGAAUCUCACGUUUAAACUCCCGGUGGAACAGGUGAGGAAACGCCUGUAGCAAACUAUGAUGUCAGAAAGAAGACUUGUGAUGUCACACGUUGUAUGCUGGGAUUUCACUGAUCCUCGUAGCUGGCUGUGUCACAGAGCCUUUGCAUUUUUUAUGUGACACAGAUUAUUACAUCUGUGAUGUCACAGACCCCUUGUAGCUAUGAAAUCACCCUACUGAUAGAAGCCUGGGUGUUGGUGAGGAGUUUAGGGCAUUUGUUUUCAAAUAUUUUUACAUUUUUAGAGGCACUUUUAGAGCAAACUAAUUUUAAUGAACAACGUCUUGGUGUACUGUUUGUUACAAUCGAGCAUGAAAGGGAUUUGUGUUAUGUUUUACAUUUUGACUGCUGUUAGCAUCUAUACCUCAGAAUCUGGAAGAAAAAAUAUAUAUUGGGGCAGUUGCAAAUCCAUGUGUCUCUCACAUUGGCAGCAACUGACACACGUGAUGUCAGAUCUGAGCUUUAGGCGUAUGCUCUGUUCCUGUUUCAGCAUGAAACGUGUAGAAUGUUUGCUAUAGUAGAACGAGUUCAAAAA